UUCCUCUUUGCAUAGACGGACCUCAAACCAUAUUCACAUACGGUUGAUUAAAACUUUUAGGGUUUUGCAAUAUUAUAGACCUAGGGUUUUAACUGGACGGUUUUAUUUAGCCCAGAGUUUCUCCUCUGAAAUUCUCUUUAGGUGCGUUAGGGUUUCUGGGGCAGGGCAGAUCGCAGGUAUUUUUCGAAGAUCACAAUGGUUGAGAAAGGCAAGAGCCGCAGAGAAGAGGUCGUGACCAGAGAGUACACCAUUAAUCUACACAAGCGUCUUCAUGGCUGUACUUUUAAGAAAAUGGCCCCAAAGGCCGUUAAGGAAAUCAAGAAGUUUGCCCAGAAGGCUAUGGGAACAACUGAUGUGAGAGUUGAUGUGAAGUUGAACAAGGCCGUGUGGAGCAGGGGUAUUAGGAGCGUACCGAGGAGAGUUAGGGUUCGAAUCUCCAGGAAGCGCAAUCCUGAAGAGGAUGCCAAGGAGGAGUUGUAUUCGCUUGUUACUGUAGCGGAGGUGCCUCCAGAGGGACUGAGGGGUUUGGGGACUAAAGUUAUUGAGGAGGAGGACUGAUCUUUGUAUAACACGAGAUAUUAUAAUGUUUUGGGAAAGUUUGUUUUUCCAGUUCUAUAGGAGUAUUUAAUAUCUUGGAAUAUUGAGUUUUGUAGGAUUUUUUACUCUUAGAUGAUUUUGUCGGAGCUUAACUAGCUCUCGCUUUGGAUUAUAGCGAUUUGAAUGGAUUAUUUGUUGAACUUGAUGUCGUGAGUCUGAAUGAUGAAUGACAUAUUGAAAUCUAUGUACUCUUUCUGGAAACGUUAGACUUCAAGGCUUUCUACUUACCGAGA